CUCUCUGGCCAGGGGAGAAGAGAGGAGAAAGACUCCAAAUCAGUCAGGGAGAGGACUGGAAGGAGCCAAAACGUCCCUGCGAAGCCUGCGCUCAUCAGACCCCUUACCCAAAGUCCGGGGCUCCCGGCGCCGGGAGCAGGCUACCGGAGCCACCUUGGCACCGCGGCCGGCGUCCUCUGGUGGCGGAGAAAGAGCACUACGAGCGACUUUCGGACCGAAUCGGCGCGCUCCUCUGAUCCAAACAGGCGGGGCUGGCCUGGAGCUAAGAGAAAGAGAUAAGAGUGGACAAGGCAGGCCAAGGUGGGGUGUGUGUGUGUGUGUGCCAGGGGCAGCCUGAGAGGAUAAAAAGUGGCCAAGAAGGAGCCAAGACUCAAUGAGCAACAAUAGAAUUGCUUCUGCCACCGUGGAGGGGUUGAUGCCCUGAACCCCCAGACCUCAGAGGGGUGGAAAGUGAGGUUGGAGACCUUCCUCACUGGCACUUUGAUUUUUUUAGAAAAAAUUUUUUUCACCCUAGUUCGGUUGGGUGCUCCGUUUUACGGGGCCCCAAGUUUAUUUUAAGAAGCCGCCACCGUGUUAUGGGCGUGCGCAACUGCCUCGACGGCAAUAAUAUGUCAGGACAACGCAAUAGCCCCCCUGAACACGGGGAGCAGCCCGAGCAACCACCCUUGGAGGCCCCAGGGGCAGCUGCCUCCGGUGCUGGGACUGGCACAGCCGAAGAGAUGGAGACCGAACCGCCUCACAGCGAGCCCAUCCCCAUCAAGACUGAAGGCGAGGCCAGUGGACCCCCAGAAGUCUCCCGGCCCAACCUCCAAAGCCUCGGCCAAGCCAUCAAGGAAGCCGGAGCUGGAGACCAUGGAGACUACAGUCCACCCCCUGAGGAAGCCAUGCCCUUCGAGGUCGAGCAGUCCGGCUUGGGGGGCUUCUGGCCUGCCCAGGAGCACCCUGGAGACACCCCUGGGGCCGGUGCAGGCCUUGAGACCUCCAGCCCAGCGAUCAUGGAGCCCAGAGCCUUCAGGGAGACCAUACCAAGCCUGGGAAGCUACAGCCCUCCGCCAGAAGAAGCUAUGCCCUUUGAGUUUGAGCAGCCUGCCCAGGGAGGCAGCAGCCAACCUCUCUUGCAGGUCUCAGACCUUGCUCCAGGAGGCCCAGGUGCGGGGGUCUUUAGAGCUCCUCCCCAGGAGCCCCGAGCUCUCAGACCUGCAAACGCAGGCUUCAGAAGAGGCUGCAGCCCUCCCCCUGAGGAGGAUAUGCCAUGUGAGUUUGAUGGAGCAGCCUUUGGGGACGACAGCCCACCUCCUGGGCUCCCCCGAGCUCUCCCACAAAUCGACGGCAGUGGCGACAGCCAGAUCGCGCCGGUCGCGGUCCCGAGUGAGGUCCUCCUCGCUCCCGCCGCGAACGAGCCCCCCCUCUGGAUCCCAGGCAGCGGCGGCAGCCCAUCUCGAGAGGCUGUCAGACCUCCUCCACACUUCGCAGGCGACAGCCCCCCAAUGGAGAUCUCCGGACCCCAGCGCGAAGCUGGCAUCGCCCCCGAUGGGGUCGACGACGCUCCCGUCAACGUGGACAGCCCCCCAGUCGCGCCUGACAGCCCGCCCAUCGAGGUCUCCGGAGCCCCCGUUAAGAGAGAGCCGGCGGAGGGAGAGAGACCCCCAGCCGAGGGAGAAGAAGCCGACAUGGAAGGAGGAUCAGCCUCCGCUGCCGCAGAGGGAAGCAAAGUCCCCGAUCCCGGGGAUGGAGCCCCGGCUGCCGGGGCAGCCCCUGCCUCUCCAGCCGCCGGGGCAGCCCCUUCCGUCCCUGCCUCUCCAGCCGCAGGAGCAGCCCCUGAGGCUCCAGCCGAAGGGGCAGCCCCGGCCACCCCUGAUAGUCCAGCCUCUGGGGCAGCCCCUGCCGCCCCGGAUGCUCCUGCCGCCGGGGCAGCGCCAGCCGCCCCAGCCGCUCCUGCCGCCCGAGCAGCCCCAGCUGUUCCUGCCGCCCGGGCAGCCUCAGCCGCUCCUGCCGCCCGGGCAGCCCCAGCCGCCCGGGCCGCUUCUGCCUCCCGGGCCGUCCCUGACUACGGAGCCCGACCCAAGAUCGGUUUCCUUAGACCCCCCAGCCCCGAGAUCCAGGCUGCCGACCCGCCUACUCCGCAGCCUCCUCGCGCGUAUGCCUGGCGGGGCAGGUCUGAGCGCUGCUGCGAACGCUACGACGAUGAAAUCUCGGUCAGCAGCGACAGCGGAGACGAAUCCGACGAUGGGACCUUCGGAUGUCGCCGCUGGUUCCUGUCCAGGCGAAACCGCCGCCGCCGAAAGCCCCGGCGCAACUUGCUCCGCAACUUCCUCGUCCAGGCUUUCGGAGGCUGCUUCUGCGGAUCUGAGAGCCCCCAGUCCGGAGGCUCAGUCGGCCCCAAGGUCAAGAAGGUUCCCCUGGCGGAGAAGCGCAGACAAACACGCAAGGAAAGCAUCGAGAAGCGCGCCCAGAAGCGCGCGGAGAAGAGACGCAGCAAGCUCAUCGAGAAGCAACUCCAGAACGAGAAGAUGGGCUACAUGUGUACGCACCGCCUGCUGCUUCUAGGUGCUGGAGAAUCUGGUAAAAGCACCAUUGUGAAGCAGAUGAGGAUCCUGCAUGUUAAUGGGUUUAAUGGAGAGGGCGGCGAAGAGGACCCGCAGGCUGCAAGGAGCAACAGCGAUGGUAGUGAGAAGGCCACCAAAGUGCAGGACAUCAAGAACAACCUGAAAGAGGCCAUUGAAACCAUCGUGGCUGCCAUGAGCAACCUGGUGCCUCCAGUGGAGCUGGCCAACCCUGAGAACCAGUUCAGAGUGGACUACAUCCUGAGCGUGAUGAACGUGCCUGACUUUGACUUCCCUCCCGAGUUCUACGAGCAUGCCAAGGCUCUGUGGGAGGACGAGGGCGUGCGCGCCUGCUACGAGCGCUCCAACGAGUACCAGCUCAUCGACUGCGCCCAGUACUUCCUGGACAAGAUUGACGUCAUCAAGCAGGCUGACUACGUGCCCAGCGACCAGGACCUGCUCCGCUGCCGCGUCCUGACUUCUGGAAUCUUUGAGACCAAGUUCCAGGUGGACAAAGUCAACUUCCACAUGUUUGACGUCGGUGGCCAGCGUGACGAGCGCCGCAAAUGGAUCCAAUGCUUCAAUGAUGUGACCGCCAUCAUUUUCGUGGUCGCCAGCAGCAGCUACAACAUGGUCAUUCGGGAGGACAACCAGACCAACCGCCUGCAGGAGGCCCUGAACCUCUUCAAGAGCAUCUGGAACAACAGAUGGCUGCGCACCAUCUCUGUGAUUCUGUUCCUCAACAAGCAAGAUCUGCUGGCUGAGAAAGUCCUCGCUGGAAAAUCGAAGAUUGAGGACUACUUUCCAGAAUUUGCUCGCUACACUACUCCUGAGGAUGCAACUCCCGAGCCCGGAGAGGACCCACGCGUGACCCGGGCCAAGUACUUCAUUCGAGAUGAAUUUCUGAGAAUCAGCACUGCUAGUGGAGACGGGCGCCACUACUGCUACCCUCACUUCACCUGCGCUGUGGACACUGAGAACAUCCGCCGUGUGUUCAACGACUGCCGAGACAUCAUCCAGCGCAUGCACCUCCGUCAGUACGAGCUGCUCUAAGAAGGGAACCUCUAAAUUUAAUUAAGGCCUUAAGCACAAUUAAUUAAACGUGAAAUGUAAUUGUACACGCGGUUGAUCACCCACCAUAGGGCCUGAUUAACAAAGCAACCUUUCCUGUCCCUCAAGUGAUUUUGCGAAACCCCCUUUACCCUUCCGCUUGCUUAAAUAUUCCAAAUUUAGAAAGCUUAAGGCGGCCUACAGAAAAAGAAUUUAAAAAAAGGCCACAAACGUUCCCUCUCUCUUUAAGUAACUAAAAUAAUAGCAGCAAACAGAAAUAAAGAAAUAAAAUAAAAGAAAUAAAUGAAAUAAAUGAAACAAAUGAAACAAAUGAAAUAAAUAUUGUGUUGUGCAGCAUUAAAAAAAAUUCAAAAUAAAAAUUAAAAGUGAGCAAA